AAGACAAACCAAACCACCUUUCAUAACCAUAUAAGUGCUAUCUUUCCCACAUAAAGUCUGGAUAUAACCAUCUGCGGAGAGACUUCAAGGGAGCUCUCUGAAGAUGAGUUUAAUGGACCGCCAUGUAAAUGAAAACAUGUUCUUCUUCCAAGCUCCAACUUUCAUUGAGUGGCUCAAGCCACCACCCUCUACUUCUUCUUCUUCAUCUUCAUCUUCAUCUUCUUCUUCAUCUUCUGUGACUCCAGAAGAGUUUGUGCAGGAAACUAUACAAUGUUUGCCGCUUCUAAGCAGGUUUACUGAGAAGAAGCAGAUGAAAGAAGAAGAUAUGGGAUCCCAAAAGGAGGGCUUUGCAAUUAAAGAAGAGAAGGUUGCCUUGGGCAUUGGUUUGCCUAACAUGGGGGAUUCUGAUGCUGAUGAGAAGAAACAAAUUCAGCUUAAGAUAGAAGAACCCAUGAAGAUCCAUGGUUGUUCUUUUAACACACAAAGUAGGUUUUGGAUACCAACUCCUGCACAGAUUCUUGUCGGGCCGAUGCAGUUUGCUUGCUCCAUAUGCAGCAAGACCUUCAAUAGGUACAAUAACAUGCAGAUGCACAUGUGGGGGCACGGAUCCGAAUACAGAAAAGGACCAGAUUCUCUCAAAGGAACACAACCAGCCGCCAUGCUGCGGCUGCCAUGCUAUUGUUGCGCACAAGGCUGCAAGAACAACAUAAAUCACCCGCGAGCAAAGCCGCUGAAAGACUUCAGAACCCUCCAAACUCACUACAAGAGGAAGCAUGGGGCAAAGCCAUUUAUGUGCAGAAAAUGUGGGAAAACAUUUGCAGUCAAAGGGGAUUGGAGGACACAUGAAAAGAACUGCGGAAAGUUGUGGUAUUGCACGUGUGGAUCAGAUUUCAAACACAAGAGAUCUCUUAAAGAUCACAUCAGAUCGUUUGGAAAAGGCCAUUAUCCACACCCUUCUCUUGAUGGUUUUGAGGAUGAAAAGGAAUGCAUCACAGGUUCUGAGGAUGAUGAAUUCGCUCGCUGAAGUUUUCUUCUCUUUCAGCUAUAUAGUAUAAGAUUAUAUAUAUGCUUAUCUAAGCUUGUGCUCAGUAACAAAAAAUUCUCAAGAAAUUGCUGGAGGCAAAUAGGGGGGCGGUUUGUUACGGAGCACUUGCUGGGCGAUGAGCAGAUAUAUAUAUAUUAAUAUGAUGAUGAUCUUUAAAUAUUAGACAAGUUUGCAUAGUGGUGUUAUGUUAAUUAAUAAGCUGAUUACCCUUUAAGUGAUGAAGUUGAUGAAUUUUCUUCUCUUACCAAUUAACACAAAAGUAGGCAUUAGUGUUCAAGAAGCUUAAUUGGGUUUCCUUUUCUAUGGAGAAAAUUUGUCCGCUUCAUCGCCACCUUGUAAUCUUUAUGAAAAAGGAUUGUGUUGUUGUUAUCA